CGGAGCGUCAGCUGUCAUUAACACGUGAUCUGGGAAAUAGGAAGUAAAUACAGAGGAGUCCACAGAGCUACAGGUCGAAAGUGUGGCACCAUGCUGGAAGGCUACAGCCCUGUGAUCCAGGCCCUGCUGGGCACUCUGUUCACCUGGGGUCUGACCGCCGCGGGAGCCGCCCUCGUCUUCAUCUUCUCCAGCCGACAGAAGCGGAUCUUGGAUGGAAGUUUGGGUUUUGCAGCCGGGGUAAUGUUGGCUGCAUCCUAUUGGUCAUUGCUGGCACCCGCAAUCGACAUGGCAGAGGAUUCUGGGAAGUACGGCUCGUUCGCCUUCCUACCGGUGGCUGUAGGAUUCACACUUGGAGCAGCUUUCGUUUACUUAGCUGACCUGGUGUUGCCAAUGCUGGGCGUCUGCGCCGACCCCCACGCCGCCUUGGCUCUGCCCCACGACUCCAAGCUGGGAAAGGAAAAAGACGAGGAUCCGUUGCUCCAUCUGCCAGACACUGAUGAGAUGACCAUCAGGAUAGGUAGAGCUGGACCUGUCACAGAUAAAACUGAAUAUGGAGAGGUCUACCAAAGAAGAAGAGGCCCCAAUUCAGGCCACUUUGAUGGACAAGAAGCAGGAAGUAAAACACCAGAAGGAGUUGGCCAAACGGCCAACAGGUGGCGGCGAAUUCUCCUGCUUAUCCUUGCCAUCACCAUCCAUAAUAUCCCAGAGGGCCUGGCUGUUGGGGUCGGUUUCGGAGCCAUAGGAAAAACAACUUCUGCUACCUUCGAGAGUGCCAGGAAUCUGGCUAUCGGGAUCGGCAUCCAGAAUUUCCCAGAAGGCUUGGCGGUGAGCCUGCCUCUGAGGGGCUCCGGGGUCUCGAAGUGGACGGCCUUCUGGUACGGUCAGCUCAGUGGAAUGGUGGAGCCCAUCGCCGGCCUGCUGGGCGCCUUCGCUGUCGUACUCGCAGAACCGCUGCUGCCGUACGCGUUGGCCUUUGCCGCUGGAGCGAUGGUCUACGUCGUCAUGGAUGACAUCAUUCCCGAGGCUCAAGUCAGCGGUAACGGCAGACUGGCUUCAUGGACCUCCAUUCUGGGAUUUGUGGUGAUGAUGUCACUGGACGUGGGGCUGGGCUGAGGACGCCACGGCGACCGAAAAUAAAUAAACCACGGCUCAGAGAAGCACAGCUGACCUCAGUUUUAAAGAAGGGAACCAGUUGCUGAGUCGAAUUACCGCUACUUGAAGUUGAACUGAGCAGCUCCACUGCUUCGUUCUGCUUCGUGGACUUCUCGAUGAUCAGCGUAGGGAGAUAGACAUUCGCGCCGAAGUCGAUCAGCAGCUGGAUGUACUCCACGCCGCAGCCGUACCUGAGGCACA